UCUUUCCGUGCUGCCGCUCUAGCUUCCCCUUACCCGCCACCGCUCCCUCGACGUGUCGCGCGGUUACGGCGCUGCCCAUAGGCGCCGAUACGCCCCGGGGUGUCGAGGCCGACUUCAGCCCACUCGGUGGAGCUCGGUCGUCUUCGGCCAUGUCCGUCCGUCCGUCCGUCCGUCCGUCCGUCUGUCUGUCUGUCUGUCCGCCGGGCAUCCUCCCUCUCGCAGUCGUCAGUCGCACUCAUUGAAGCCGCGUGCGUGCGUGCGUGUACCUCGUGCCACUUCGCUCCGUUCAGUUUUUUUCUCUGGUGAACGUUGUGUCCUCUGCAUCUCGUCGCGAUCAUCCGCAGCGAUCCUCGUCCACGAUUCUCCUCUCGUUCAUGCCCUAAAUAUCGUAACGUGCGAUAUCAGGUGGAGUUUCGGACGACACUGCGCGGCGUGGUUCGAUAUUGGAGCACGUGUCUGGCAUUCCGUGCUCCUCUUCGUAGGAAGGAGAGGGGCGGGAGAGGAAUGAACGGACAUUGAUGCCCUCUGUCGCGCCAUAAUUAAGUCGAUCGACGGAAUUUUGUGGUGUGAUAACGACAAUUGUGCUACCUGUGCGUUCCCCCGCGCGCCCCUAGAAGGAGGCGCUGCCUGUGGAUGCGCGACGUGUUCGUGAGUCACGUCGGGGUGCUGCCGGUGUGUGGAUCACGAGUAAGACGGACACGAUAAUUCUUGGCCGAUGAGGAGCAGAGCAGCACGAGGGCGAGUAGUAGAAGGAGCAGCAGCACGAGCAAGAGCGAGCGGCUUCGUCGUCGUAGAAGGUGGUGGCGGUGUGGAAAAGCAGAAGAAGGAACGAGGACGAAGUGGCGGCGGCAGCAGUGGCAGUGGCAACGGCGGCAAAGCGGCGACGAACAGCUAGGUCCCCCCAUGUUAGCGGAUAUCAACGGCAAUCUGGCGGAUCUGAGAAGCGAAGCGAUGGCGUCGCAGAGAUUUUGUCUGCGCUGGAACAAUCACCAGAGCAAUCUGCUCUCCGUCUUCGACCAGCUGUUGCACGACGAGUCGUUCGUCGAUGUCACGCUGGCCGUUGAGGGUCAGCUACUCAGGGCGCAUAAGAUGGUGCUGUCGGCGUGUAGUCCCUACUUUCAAGCCCUGUUCGUUGGACAUCCCGACAAGCACCCGAUAGUCAUUCUCAAAGAUGUUCCAUAUGUGGACAUGCGCAGCCUCCUCGACUUCAUGUAUCGCGGUGAGGUGAGCGUCGAUCAGGAUCGAUUGACUGCCUUUUUGCGGGUUGCAGAGUCUCUGAGGAUAAAGGGCCUGACCGAAGUGAAUGAGGACAAGUGCGAUUUACCAAGCAUUACAUCCUCGUUAUUGGGCAGCCAGAAUGCGGUGGCGCCACCACCGCCCAGUCUUCAUCGAAUCAAUCAGAUUGGCCCGCAUCAUCAUCAUGUCGCGCAAAAGAGGUUUCAUCAUAUGUCCAACCAUCCGUUACUUGGCUCGGCGUUGACGGCACCUAAGAGAAAACGUGGCAGACCCAGGAAGUUGAGUGGUUCAUCGGACACGCCAAUUGGCGAAGUCGGUGGUCAGGAUCUACAGUCCUGCUCUGGCGCCGAUCUAGUCCAGGGCUCGCCCGAGAUGAUGGAAAUGAAGAUGGGAUUGGACUUUCAGAGCGAGGUUAGCGGCAACGGCAAUGUGAGAAAUGCCGGUGCCUCUUCCUCUUCUAAUAACAAUGCUGGCGCCAAUUCUGCAACCGCAAAUAAUCCCGCCGUUGCCACGGCCUCUUCGGGAUCAUCGUCGACGAGGAGAGAAGAGCCUACGGAGAAUGGCACCGACACGCCGGAGCCACCAGUCACGCGGGUCAAACGAGAACCAGAACCAACACCCAGCACCUCGGCGCAAGCCUCGGAUGAGACAUUCGCACGUCCGCAUAGUAGGCAAGGGAGUGAGGGUUUCAAACAAGAAUUAGAGGAGACAUCGAGUGGCGGUGGCGAUAGCGGUGAACCGCCGACUCAUAUCCGCAUCAACUUCGAGCGAUGCUUUCGCAAGGAGUUCAGCACGUCGACGCUGCAGGGUAAGGGCGCGUCGGCCGCCGCUUCGAUGUCGAUGAGCGACGAUCAGCAGCAGCAACAGCACCACUCGGACACAGAAACGGAAACGAAGGCGAUGUCGAAAGACAGCAUAAGCAGUGCCAUAUUUAGCGUGAUGGCCGGCGAGGCGGAGAUCAGUCAGAGCGACUUUGAGGGCUCGUUCAAGGCUGAGAACGAGCGCACGGAGGGAUCGGUGCGGGACUUCUGCGUUAAGGAGGGCGACGUUUAUCGAUGCACCGUGUGCCAUCGCACGUACACACACAUCAGCAACUUCUGCCGGCACUACGUCACCUCGCACAAGCCUAACGUCAAGUACUACCCUUGCCCGGUCUGUUACAAAGAAUUCACCAGGAAAGACAACAUGGUCGCCCACGUCAAGAUCAUACAUAGUCUUAAGCCGCACAUGAGUCUCAGCAGUAAUAGUGGCAACAACAAUAGUAACAGCAGUAUGGGUCAGCCGCGGUAGACCACCGUCGAUUGGGCAUCUUCUUGUCCUCCCUUCUCCCUCAGGUCGCGUUUCUUGAAUCUCGCGCAUAGCCCCGUGAUAUCAGAAACGCUAUAAAUCCGUGAUAUUACACGAUAUCCAUGGUAUAAUAUUGCGAAGUAUAUUUUCGUGACUUUAUGGGAGCGGGUACCGCGAUUGAUCACGUUGCAUUCACCAAUAAGAAUUUCUGAUUCAUCCAUUAUAAUAUAAUUAAUACGUUUUUUGCAAUUAAGAUUUGCUACAAACUUCAACUAUGUCCAUUCGCAACGUGAUCAAAGUGGGGUGCUCCCGUUUAUGACAUCAACAUUCUCUAUGUUAUAAAAUGUUUGAUACCAGUGAUUAACAAAUAGAAUGAACAAAGAUUCUCGACUUUAUGGUGUCAUAUAUUAGUACCACGGAAUUGGUAAGAAGAAACGAUUCUAUGUGAUGAAGAAAUGUCAUAGAUAGAGAUCUUAUGCGCUUGCCAAAAACAGAGCCGAGAACCGUGAGAUGGGGGAGAGGGAAUAAGAUAGAGGAGCUCAAGGGAAACGCGAGAGAAGCCGAUAACGCUUCUAACGAAAUCAGUGUGUUUUUUGUGAGCGGAAAGAAAGGAGGACGGAUAGAUAAAUAGAUAGAUGAGUAAACGUAAAAUAGGUAGACAAGUUGACUGAUCUUAUAAAGUGGCUGCACCGAAAUGGCCAAUGAGGGUGGGUACACGGAGAACAGGUGGGUGUGCAAGAUUUAAAGCUAUGAACGUCUUCAUCGCCGGAGCACACGAUUCUUAAUUUUCGCGCGAGCGUUUCCCGUGGGAAUCUUUCUGAUGCGCGUUUUAAUCCUUUGAGCGUUAAUCUCUAUUUAUGUCUCUAAUUUACAGGGUGAACAUAUCUUGUAAAGUUCCGCCCUUCGGAACUUUACAAUGUUCGUUUUAAUAUUAUAUUAUAUGCAUGUUGUGACAUAAGACUAAGGUCAAUAUCUUAAUAUCAAAUCUAUGCUUUGGAAGUAAAGUCGUAUGUUUGAAUAUCAAACGCUUGCUAGUACUUUUCUACUUCCAAGCUGCAGAAUCUUUUUUAGAAAUGCUUUAGAGACGCGCGAUAUCGCUCAAAUGAUUAAUGAAGCUAAUCUGUCGAGUUGCAUCGACGCUGCGUAAUCCGCGAUUGCGAGAGGCGCGGGUCUGACCAAAUCUAAUACGCAUUAUGAAGCAAAAUCGAGCAAUUAUUAAAGUAACUAUAACGCUAUACAUAUAUGCACCAGCGAACCGUCGAUUGACGGAUCUUUAACGAUAUUCUUUAGUACCUUUUUAUGGAGCAGUUUAGCUAUAAGUGAGCAAUGCUGCUCUGAAUUUUAUCCCUACUCUAGAUCCCGAUCCCGAUCCCGAUCCUGAUCCCGAUCCCGAUCCCGAUCCCGAUCCCGAUCCCGAUCCUGAUCCUAAUGUUAGGUCUAGUUGUCUCAUCGAUCUCCGUGCCUUCGAGGACCCACAGAGCGCACAUUUCGACAUUUCACGUUACGUAGCGUCUGCCUUCUUGUAAAGAAUUGGGCUUCAGUAAGCGCCAGAAACUUCAGAAACGAUUCGCGCGCGCGUAAUAAGCAACGGGCAUUAAAAUUACAAAACGAACGAGCUUUAUCGCAUUCGUUCCUAAAAGGGACGAGGCGGAUGUAAAAAAAUGGGGAACAGAAGAAGAGGCUUUGUAUUGCAUCAUAAACAAAGAGUUUAUAUAAAUCUAUGACCGAUGCGUAGUCUCAACAUGGUUCAGCAUCGUACAACGGGUGAUCAAUUGUAAGAAAAAAGAAAAACCGGUUGUUGCGUAGCAAAGUGGGAGAGGCGGAGAGGCAUCAUGUAAAUCUAAAGCAACGCAGAGAGAGAGAGAGAGAGAGAGAGAGAGAAGAGAAGAGUAUAUUACUAUUGCCUGAUUAUAAUACGUUGCAGAAAAAAAUCAAACACGCCAGCUGACGCAGCUUGGCGAUACAUUUCUACGAUGUGUGCGCGCGUGUUUUACGCCAUUCUUCAUUCGUGUUUUCAAAACACGAAUCUUUAUGCCCGGUAAAAAAGAAAAAAAGAACGGUUUUUUCGAUAUGCGGUGUGGUAUUAUAGGAUAUCAAGUUAUCUUAUCAAGAAGUCUCAUUCGGGAUGAUUAUGCUAUAUAUAGCAAUAAAGAAGCAAAUCUCUUGCGGGUCAAAGCUAAGAACGUUGGGAAUACACAAUUACAUAUAAUAGUUUAUUACGUAAUUGUUAAUCUAUUGAGAAAAGCUUAAAUUCAACUUGUAGAGACUUUUAUCUUAUUAGAGGAAGAAGCUAGAUGGGAUAGGUAAGGGAGGGCGACCACACAGGGUAAAACGUGCGCGCGCACGCGCGAUAUAAGUAAUAAGGGAACUACGUAGACUGAGUAAAUGCAAUAUAUAUAUGUAUCGAUGACCGUUCGCCAUGUUGUUGUUGAGCCGUUGGGUCGCGAAAAAAAAAAUGCCGUCGAGGCAUUUUUUUGGAGGAGAGCGGCGAUAAAAGGGGUGAAAGGAUGGAACAGUGGGAAAGCGCGUAAUCUCGCGAAAGACUGCAGAGGGACGGUUUUAACGACACCAAAUACAAGAUAGUACUGACAUUGGAUAGACUGAAGGCACCUUAGUAGUAACUUAACACUGCCGCCAUACCAUACUCUCCUGUCCUGUUCGGCUGAAUUCAUUUUGGUUCGAACAUCCGUGGUAUUGAGUGGAGAACUUGGUGAAUCACGUAACAACAUAGAGAAAGGAACAUCAAAUUAAACUAGAAAAUAAAAAAAUUUAAAGCAGUACGUUACAUAUACUAAUGCUGCUGUGAUUAGAAAGGAACGGAAACGAUCUUGAGAUAAAAGACAACAACUAACGGGUUUUAAGUGAGAGCAUUAGAUAUUUGUCAUUCCGCAAAACACGAAUAUAGCACGAAUGUAUACACAUUUAUUAUCAUCAUUGUAUCAAAGCCAUCAUUUAUUCAUUGAAAUUUUUUUUCAGACUAUCUUCAGCUUACAAUUGGUUGAAGAUGCAGAUUGUAGUAAUGAUAAAAGGAAUUUGAAGAACAGAAUAUAACAGAUAUUUGCAUUAUUCGGCAAGCAGGAUUUUAGGCGUCUAAUAUUUUUUUUUUUUUUAAUUUAUUUAACUUCGAGAUAAUUACUUAUAUCGCGAACCACGUGUCGUUAUUUUUUAAUGAACUAGCAGCUUAAAAUCAUGAGUUAGUGAUAAAAUAAUUUGAUAUCGAUUAUUCUCCACGAAGGGGAAGUUCCUUCACGAAAGAGGAAAAGAAGAUUUUAAGAGGAAAAAAAA